CAUCAGUAUAAAUUUAGAUGAUUGAUUUUCUCUUUUUCUCACAGCUUUUUGUUUUUUCUUAUUAAAAUGGCAGCAGCAGCAUCUCGUUCCAAUGUUACGCGCUUAUUGAAAGUCAUUCAAUCUGGCGCUAAUAGUUGCCCAUGUCACUCUCAUGCUCACUCUACUCCAGCUACUGCUGGUACCUUUUCGAGCUUACUCAAGUACGGACGACAAUAUGCUAGUGCUGCUGAAACAACAGAUUAUGCAUUUGAAAUGGCAGCCAGUAACAUUCGAUUUGGCCCUGGUGUAACAAGUGAAAUUGGUAUGGAUUUGAACAAUCUCAAGGCCAAAAAGGUUGCAGUUUACACGGAUAGCACAAUUGCCCAAUUACACCCAUUAAAGGCAGUCGUAGAGUCUUUGGAAAAACAUAAAGUCAACUAUGUUGUCUAUGAUACUUGCCGUGUAGAGCCCACUGACACUAGCUUUAAGCAAGCCAUCGACUUUGCUCGUAAGCAUGACCCUGAUGCCUUUGUUGCUGUGGGUGGUGGUUCCGUCAUUGACACGACCAAGGCUGCUAGUUUAUAUAGCGCACACCCCGAAGCCGACUUUUUGGAUUUCGUCAAUGCUCCCAUUGGUAAAGGUUUACCCAUCAGAAAGAAGUUAAACCCUUUGAUUGCAGUCCCUACUACGGCUGGUACCGGUUCAGAAACCACAGGCACUGCCAUCUUUGAUUAUGAACCUCUCCAUACCAAGACCGGUAUUGCUCAUCGUGCUCUUAAGCCACUUCUUGGUAUUGUUGACCCUCUCAACACUCGUAGCAUGCCUUCCCAGGUCCACUGUUCUAGUGGUUUAGAUGUCCUGUGCCAUGCUUUAGAAUCCUAUACCGCUUUACCUUACAACGAACGUUCUCCUCGUCCUAAGGAUCCUAUUGAAAGACCUGCUUAUCAAGGCUCCAACCCCAUUAGUGAUGUAUGGUCCUUGCAUGCCCUGAAGAUGGUCGUCGAAUACUUGCCACGUGCUACUAAAGACCCCGAGGACUUUGAAGCCCAAAGCCAGAUGCUGUUGGCUGCCACCUUUGCAGGCAUUGGUUUUGGUAACGCUGGUGUCCAUCUCUGUCACGGUCUCAGUUACCCCAUCAGCGGUCUCAACAAGAACUACAAGCAUCCCGGAUACAAUGUAGAUCAUCCCAUUGUGCCUCACGGUGUAUCAGUUGCGUUGACCGCACCUUCCGUAUUCCGAUUCACUUCUAGUGCUUGUCCCGAUAGACAUAUUGACGCUGCUGCUGCCUUUGGUGCUGAUCCUUCCAAGAUCAAGGAAUCCAUGGCCGGUGAGGUUCUUGCUGAAAAGUUGACUCGUUUCCUUGAAGAUUUAGGUGUGCCCAAUGGUUUGAGUGGCAUUGGUUAUGAUUCUUCCUUAAUUCCUCAAUUAGUCGAAGGUGCUUUACCCCAACACCGUGUUACUAAGCUCGCACCCACUCGUGAGCCUGCUCGUGAACAACUCGCUUCCAUCUUUGAAGGCGCCAUGAAGAAUUAUUAAGAGAAAAUAAAAAGAA